UUCGCUGUAUGAAUUGCAUAACGUAAGAGCAGCUUAGCCAAGGGGAAAAAAUCUUGGCUUUUCCCUUUCUUCCUUCCGAUCUCUCUCGCUCCGCUGAUUCCUCUCAAUUCCGAUCCCAAAAACCCUAAUUUAUUUCACAAAACCCUAACCUGGUUAUCAAGAUUGUCCAGAUCUGAUAUUUUCGGUGUUCUUGCGUUUCGAAUUUACAGAUCCAGGCCUUCUUUGGUUUCAGAUUUGUUGGUACUGCACGGGGGAUUUCUUGAUUGUUGCGAAAGGUUUAGAAUUUGAUUUCGGUUUGUUAUCAAGCAUGGCUGCUCCUGUGCCUCCAGGGGCACCUAGACCCAACACUCAGCGAGCACCUCCUCCGAAUUACUUCCCCGGUUCACAAGGGAACCCUAAUCCCAAUGCGAUAGCCGAUAAUAUGCAGAACUUAAGCAUUAACCGGCCUCCUCCUCCGAUGCCUGGUUCAGGUCCUAGACCACCUCCCCCUUUUGCCCCAUCUCCGCAACCUUUUCCUCAGCAAGGCCCUUCCUUUGGCGGGCCUACUCCAAUGGCUCGGCCUGGUCCACCUCCCCCUGCAUUGGCUAGACAAGGUGGGCAACCUCCCAUGUCCCAACCCGGGUUACCUUCGAAUGCACCAUUGGGUAGACCCAUUGCUCCGCCUGUUAGUCAGGCGCCAUUUGGUGCCAGACCAUUUGGUGGGCCUGGUGCACCCCCUCCAGUUCCUUCGGGUGGUUUCCCAGUUUCUGGUCCACUGGGCGGUGUAGCUGCAGCUCCUCCUCUGGGAGCUCGCCUGAAUGCUUUUGGUUCACCUCCACCUGUGGCAUCUGGUAUGUCUGUGCCUCCUCCCUCAGGCAUGCCUGGCGGUCCAGUCAGUAAUGGGCCUCCAAUGGUGGGUACUGGGUCAUUUCCCAGGGGACCCAAUUACCCUCCUGCUGGCGCUACUCCACAAGCACCCUAUUCACAGCCUCCUACAGCACCUUUUGUUCGGGGUCCUCCACAGACCCCCAGUUCACCACUAACUGCACCUCCUGGUCCUUCAAUGCCUCCACCAGCAACGUUUCCUGGGGCACCUCAUAGCAGGCCAGCUGUAUCUGCUUUACCGUAUGGUAUGCCACCUCAGCAGGUCGUUCCUCCUCCUGCUGUUUCUGGUUCAGUGCCACCUUCAAUGAUAUAUGGUAUGGGUCCAUUGCCGAAUCAGUCGAUGACCACUAUACCCUCGGCAAUGGGUCAACCUGGAACAUCUCUCCCUGGUCCUUCAAAGAUUGAUCCUAAUCAGAUCCCAAGGCCCGGUUCAAGCAGCAGUCCUAUCAUCUAUGAAACUCGCCAGGGAAAUCAGGCUAAUCCUCCCCCGCCUGCUACUAGUGAUUACAUUGCUAGGGACACUGGAAACUGCAGCCCACGGUACAUGCGGUGUACAAUCAAUCAGAUCCCUUGUACAGUUGAUCUUCUGUCUACUUCUGGAAUGCAACUGGCGUUGACUGUUCAACCGCUGGCACUUCCUCAUCCUUCAGAAGAGCCUAUCCAAGUUGUGGAUUUCGGUGAAAGUGGUCCUGUUCGGUGUUCUCGUUGCAAGGGCUACAUAAAUCCUUUCAUGAAGUUCAUUGAUCAAGGAAGGAAGUUCAUCUGUAACUUAUGUGGAUAUACGGAUGAGACUCCCCGCGAUUACCAUUGUAAUCUGGGUCCUGAUGGUAGACGCAGGGAUGCUGAUGAAAGGCCUGAGCUGUGUAGAGGAACUGUUGAGUUUGUUGCUACAAAAGAAUACAUGGUACGGGAUCCGAUGCCAAAUGUGUAUUUCUUCCUCAUUGAUGUCUCUAUGAAUGCGAUUCAAACAGGUGCAACUGCCGCUGCUUGCAGUGCAAUCCAGCAAGUCCUUUCAGACCUCCCUGAAGGCCCCAGAACAUUUGUUGGAAUUGCGACAUUUGACUCAACUAUCCACUUCUAUAAUUUGAAACGUGCACUGCAACAACCGCUGAUGCUCAUUGUUCCUGAUGUGCAAGAUGUUUACACACCCCUAGAAACUGAUGUUGUUGUUCAGCUUUCCGAGUGUCGUCAGCAUUUAGAGCUUUUGUUGGAAAGCAUCCCAACCAUGUUUCAGGAGAGUAAGGCUCCUGAAUCAGCUUUUGGUGCAGCAGUUAAGGCUGCUUUCUUGGCGAUGAAGAGCACUGGAGGAAAACUAAUGGUGUUUCAGUCAGUUUUGCCUUCAGUUGGUUUGGGAGCGCUUUCUUCUAGAGAGGCUGAAGGGAGAGCCAAUGUCUCUGCAGGUGAAAAGGAAGCCCAUAAAUUACUACAACCAGCAGACAAGACUCUAAAGACCAUGGCUAUUGAAUUUGCUGAAUACCAGGUCUGUGUAGAUAUAUUUAUUACAACUCAGACCUACAUUGACAUUGCAUCAAUUUCUGUCAUCCCGAGGACUACUGGAGGACAGGUUUAUUACUAUUACCCAUUUUCAGCUCUCUCUGAUCCUCCCAAGCUUUACAACGAUCUUAGAUGGAAUAUCACUAGGCCACAGGGUUUUGAGGCUGUCAUGCGUGUCAGAUGCAGCCAGGGUAUUCAAGUGCAAGAUUACUCAGGGAACUUCUGCAAACGCAUUCCAACUGACAUCGACCUACCUGCGAUUGAUUGUGACAAAGCUAUAAUGGUGACGUUAAAGCACGACGACAAACUUCAAGAUGGUACUGAAUGUGCUUUCCAGUGCGCCCUUCUUUACACCACCAUAUAUGGAGAAAGAAGAAUCAGAGUCACUACUUUAUCCCUCCCUUGUACAAACAUGCUUAGUAACCUAUUCCGCUCAGCUGACCUAGAUUCUCAAUUUGCCUGUAUGCUAAAGCAAGCUGCUGGUGAAAUCCCUUCAAAGGCACUUCCAUUAGUAAAGGACCAGGUGAUUAAUGCCUGCGUCAACACGCUUUAUUCCUACCGUAAAUUCUGUGCCACAGUCACAUCAUCUGGACAACUUAUUCUUCCUGAGGCGCUCAAGCUUUUGCCUUUAUAUGCUCUAGCAUUAACCAAAAGUGUGGGGUUACGAACUGACGGGAGAAUUGAUGAUCGCUCAUUCUGGAUCAACUAUGUGUCUUCCCUCUCAACUCCUCUGGCAAUUCCACUGGUUUACCCCAGAAUGAUUGCUGUUCAUGAUCUUGAUGCUAAGGAUAAUGAAGGAUCUGUCCUUCCUCCUCCAAUUCCAUUGUCAAGUGAACACAUUAGCAAUGAGGGAGUCUAUUUCCUUGAGAACGGUGAAGAUGGUUUAAUAUAUGUUGGAGACUCGGUAAACUCAGAUAUACUGCAGAAGCUCUUUGGUGUUCCCUCAGUUGCUGAAAUUCCUAGCCAGUAUGUGCUGCAACUAUACGACAAUCCAUUAUCGAAGAAGUUCAAUGAUGUGGUGAAUGAAAUAAGGAGACAAAGAUGUUCAUACCUACGCCUGAAAUUAUGCAAGAAUGGUGAUCCAUCAGGAAUGCUGUUCUUAACAUACAUGGUCGAGGACAGAACAGCAAGUGGCUCCUCGUACGUGGAGUUUCUCGUUCAAGUCCACCGCCAAAUCCAGCUCAAGAUGAACUGACACACCCAAAACUGAAACAGAUCUCUGAUCUCCCUCUCCUCUGUUUCUUGUCUUUUAAAAUCUUUAGUAGAGUGAAGUGAAAGAGCAUAGCAAGGGGAAAAAAAGGAAGAACAAAUCAUCUUCCUUUGUUCAUACUCUUCCGCCGGGAAUCUUCAAAUGGGGACGCUUUUUUAUUUUCAUAUAAAUCAUAUAUGAUUCAUUGUGCUCAAUGUUACAAGUUCUUGGUUCCUGUAUGUGUGCUUGGAGAAGAGGAGAGAGAGCAGAGACCUGGAAGUCAGGAGAUUUUUGUUUUUUUGUUUUUUUGUUUUUGGUGGCUCAGCUAUAAAUAUACAGAGAGAGUCUUGGAAGCCUUUAUCAGACUUAGAAGGAUAUUUUUUUCUGCUUUCUCCUCCUUUUUGGUCUCCUCUGAGAACAUCCAUUUUUUGUAAUGUUCAGACAUUGUAUGUGUUUCUGUUUCUGUUUCAGCUUGCAAUAAGGAGACUUUUCAUUUCAUUU